AUGGCGCCUAAGCGACGACCGCGAGAAAUCUCUUCCGAGUCAGACACCUCCGCUUCAGACACCCCUUCGCCGCCUCCCAAAACUUCCAAAACCUCAUCAGGGAAACGCCAACGCCAGAGUGAACCUUCCGAGAAGCGUCUCGCACCAGCGCCAGCAAAGGCCGCAGGGAAAUCUCUCGGGAAAACUUUAGGGAAAUCUCUAGGGUCCGGGAAAGCCUCCGUAGCCGUAGGAUCGUCUCCGUUUGAUGCGGAGCCGGCAUGGGCGCAGAAGGACACGGGCGGCGCGGUGAAUCCGGGGAGGGUGCGCGAGCUGCGCAAGGGGCUGCGGCGGACGGGGCCUGUGGUGUACUGGAUGUCGCGAGAUCAACGGUCCAAGGACAAUUGGGCUCUCAUCUACGCCGUCCAAAAGGUGCAGUUUCAGCUUCACUCCUAUUUCUACUUGAACAGGGUUCUUACAGUAACGUGUAGAUGUUGUACUUGCAAUUAUUUCGUCCCUGUCCUCCGCCCCGCCCCCUCUGCCCCCUUCACAUCCCCUACCUACUCCUCCCUACUUACCUUAGCGCAUACCUCCUCCCCGCGCCGCAUUCAUUACACAGGCGCGGGAGAGGGGAGAGGCAGUGGCGGUGGUGUUCAACCUGGUGGACGGCAUAGUGGACUCAAACCUUUUCCCUUCUUUACCCUCUUCUUCCCCCCCGGGCGCCCCCCGUUCCCCUUCCCCCCCUCCCCGUGCACGCACCACGCGCAAGAGAGGGGAGAGGCAGUGGCGGCGCGGGAGAGGGGAGAGGCAGUGGCGGUGGUGUUCAACCUGGUGGACUCCUUCCUGGGCGCCAAGGCGCGGCACUUCGCAUUCAUGCUGCGCGGGCUGAGAGAGGUGCAGGGCUCCUUUGCGGCGCUCGGGAUCCCCUUCUUCCUCUUCCAGGGCAAGGCAGAGGAGACGGUUCCGGACUUUGCCAUGCGAUGUGGCGCGUCGCUAUUGGUCACCGACUUCUCCCCGCUGCGCAUCGGGCGGCACUGGCGCGAGGGGGUGUGUGCCAGGCUGGCAGAUCUGGAGCUCAGACAAUCAGGGAGUGGCAGCAGCAGAAGGCAAGGGGCCACAUUAGCAGACAGAGCAGCAGAAGGAGAAGCAGGAGAAGCUGCAGGAGGGAGGGAAGGGGCAGCAGGAAGGGAAGGGACGGCAGGGAGGGAUGAGCUGUGGGACGCGCAGGUGGGGCUGACAGGCGUGCAUGAGGUGGACGCCCACAACGUGGUCCCCAUCUGGGCCGCUUCAGACAAGUUAGAGUACGCCGCCCGCACCAUCCGCACCAAAAUACACCGGAAAUUGCCAGAGUACUUGGUGGAGUACCCCCAGUUGGAGCCGGGGUGCACUGUGGAGUGGACAGGGGAGACGCCGUCGCCUGUAGACUGGGACUCGUUAAUAGCUGCUGUGAUCAGGGCUGGUCCCGAGGUACCAGAGGUGGACUGGAUAGUCCCGGGGGAGGCAGCAGCUGCAGAGGGGCUGAAGACGUUUCUGGACAAGAGGCUGAGGGGGUACGACACUGGCCGCAACGACCCCUCCAAAGGCCCCACCACGCUGUCGGGGCUCUCCCCCUGGCUGCACUACGGGCAUAUUGCCCCCCAGCGAUGCGCCCUGGAGGCGAGAAUUCUGCGAGCACAGCAAGAUUGCUCCCCAGCGGUGUGCGCUGGAGGCACGGAAGAUAAGGAAGCAGCACAGCAAGGCGGUGGAUGCAUUUCUAGAGGAGCUGGUGGGGCGCAGGGAGCUGGCGGACAACUACUGCUUCCACCAGCCCCCUUCGCCCCUUGCUCCCCGCCCCCAAUCCCUUUCUUCUCUCUCUUCCCGUCUGUUCCCUCUUCCCCUUCAUUUCAGGCGGUUGAUGCGUUUUUAGAGGAGCUGGUGGUGCGGAGGGAGCUGGCGGACAACUACUGCUUUCACCAGCCGCUGUACGACUCACUGGGGGGCGCGUGGGGGUGGGCGCAGCAAUCCCUGGACGCACACUGGGGAGACAAGAGAGAGUUUGUUUACACGGCAGCGCAGUGGGAAGCAGCCAAGACUCACGACCAGCUGUGGAACGCCGCUCAGCUGGAGCUGGUUCACUACGGCAAGAUGCACGGUUUCAUGCGCAUGUACUGGGCGAAGAAGAUUCUAGAGUGGUCUGAGUCACCAGAGGAAGCUCUCAGAAUAGCAAUCGAGCAGAAUGAUAAGUACUCAUUGGACGGUCGCGAUCCCAACGGCUAUGUAGGCUGCAUGUGGUCCAUUGCAGGCGUGCACGACCAGGGCUGGGCGGAGCGCAAAGUGUUUGGCAAGAUUCGUUAUAUGAACGCAGCGGGGUGCAAGAGGAAGUUUGACGUGGAGGCUUAUAUAGGGUACGUGCGGCGCAUGGUGGCUGCAGUGAAGAAGAAAGGCACGGCUGCUGUUCCUCCAGGUGGUGCUGCUGCCUCCCCCGCUGCCACUGCCAAUGCUGCCACCGCAACUGCUGCCCGUCUUAGGGCUGGUAAACCCAUAGCCUAG